CAAAGGGGCAGCUGCGUUACAGAAUCAUGUUAAGCUCAGCUAAUGCGGAGAAGCCGAGGUAGCCCUAAUGAUGGAUUUUGAUGAGCGUGUUCCUUGUUCCUCUAACAUGUAUUUGCCAAGUUGUACUUACUACGUCUCGGGUCCUGAUUUUUCCAGCCUCCCUUCUUUUUUGCCCCAAACCCCGUCUUCUCGCCCUAUGACAUACUCCUACUCCUCCAACCUACCCCAGGUCCAACCUGUGAGAGAAGUUACCUUCAGGGAAUAUGCCAUUGAUCCCUCCAGUAAAUGGCACCCCAGGAACAAUCUGCCCCACUGCUACUCCGCAGAGGAGAUCAUGCACAGAGACUGCCUGCCUGCCACCAACACUGCUAGCAUGGGCGAGAUGUUCGGCAAAAACACAGCUAACGUCUACCACCCCAGCACCAACGUCUCCUCCAAUUUCUAUAGCACGGUGGGCAGGAACGGGGUCCUGCCCCAGGCUUUCGACCAAUUUUUCGAGACGGCUUAUGGCACGGCGGAAAACCUGGCCUCGGCGGACUACCCGGUAGACAAGAGUGGCGAGAAGGCGCCCGCGGCCGCCGGGGCGGCGGCGGCGGCAACUUCAAGUUCGGAGGGCGGCUGCGGCAGGGCGGCGGCGGCCACGGCGGCGGAGAAGGAGAGGAGGAGGCGGCCGGAGAGCAGCAGCAGCCCCGAGUCGUCUUCCGGCAACAAUGAGGAGAAAUCCGGCAGUUCCAGUGGACAACGUACGCGUAAAAAGAGAUGCCCAUACACCAAAUACCAGAUUAGAGAGUUAGAAAGGGAAUUCUUCUUCAGUGUCUACAUAAACAAAGAGAAACGCCUCCAGCUCUCCCGAAUGCUCAAUCUGACCGACCGUCAAGUCAAAAUAUGGUUUCAGAACAGAAGAAUGAAAGAAAAAAAAAUUAACAGGGACCGAUUACAAUAUUACUCAGCUAAUCCACUACUUUAAAACUCAUAGCGUUUUUCAAGACGAGAUUAAAUUCAGAUUUCGCCCUUGACAAGGUCAAGCCACGGGGUUACGUGGAGGAAGGAGGUGUGUAUCUGACGGGACUAGAAGAAUCUAAGGUUUUACACACACGUAAACCUACUCUGGAACUGCGAUGAUGAUUUUUUUAUAUAUAUAUUUACAUAUCAACUGGAAUCGAUUUGAUUUUGACACACAUGGGAUCCAUUUCUAAACGUGCACGUCACCUCUGAG